AUGGACGCGCAAACGUUUGAACGCCACACGCAGCAGUAUGCAGUGCACAAGUAUAAUCGCACUAGCAGUACAACUAACUUCUUGUAUGGCAACAAAAUUUUUUGCCAAAAUUGCGCAAAUUAUGCAGCUCGUGCUUAUUUCGCAACAAGAAAGAAAACGAAAAAAUAAAAACGGGAAUACAUCAUUCGUCGCUCGUAGUACCGGUGAUAACAGUAACACAAGUACGACUGCGAUACUAUUGCACGGGAUACCUUCAAGGCAGACGCCAAAACGGCGAUCCGCAUUGGCAUGCUGCGGAAAAUGAAAAGGGUGAACUUUGGCCUUUUCGAAAACAACAAUCAAGAAUGGCAGGAACUGGAGGAUAUGCUGAAGAAAAAAAUUGCGAACGAGAUCAGCGAGGAUGAGUUCUGGGAGCAGAUGGAAAAGUUCAAGGAAAAGGACGACCAGCUGGCGGAGAAGGUCGCGGAUUUGGAAAGGCAAAUCGCGGAAAAGGAUGAGAGACUCAACCUCGACAACACCUGUUGUUUGGUCUUGCUCGGCCCGCACAUGAACUUCGAGGGUCUGACGGAGGGGAAAAUGGGCCAGGGCGACUUCGACGCGGACCGCGAAAACUGGUGGGCCACCACCGGCAUGGCCUGCACACUGUGCCGCACACCCAACGGCUACUGGUGCCGCGAGGAAGCCGAGGCGCUCGACUUCGAGGCGCAUGUGUACGAAUACCAUCGCGACCAGUGCGAUUCCUGGGCGACGGCCAUAGAAUGCGAAAAACAUCACAUGAUCUCCUGAAUUCUUGCGUGAGUACUGAGUAGCUCAAGUUUCGAUUUUGAAUAGCAUUUCACCAUGGUACGUAGUAGUAACUACUCUCCACAACUUCUUCCGGAGGCUCUGCUUAAGGACCUUUAACGUUUCGAAUCGUUUAUGAUUAUGUUCGCUGGUCGACCAACACGUAUCCCUUUUGCUUCCUUCAUACGAGAGUGACCAUUCUGAUCAUGUUUUUACUACAAGUGAUGUGAACUAUUCUUUUGGUUUCGCUACCCCUACCCUUCUUAAUAAUCAUAAAAGCUAUGCGAACGCGAUCUGGUCCGUCGUGGACAAACGCGCAGGACUUUCUGACAAGGUGAAAGGCACCAGCCUCCACGAGGAAAGAUGGGGCUGGAGCUUUUCGAAUGUAUCUUGUCUGUGUCUCUACUUUUUCGAAUCCCGCGAUUUACAUUCUCCCUACCGUCGCCGCUUUAAUACGUUUCCGCGACGUGCUAUGCUUUUGCCUUGGACCAUGUACUUAAACUAACACGAAGAAACUGACUUCUUAUGAAAAUUUUCCUCCAGGAGCCUGUGCCCGUUGAGAGCAGAACCUGGCUCCUCGGGCCGAGCAUGAGAAUCGGCCUCUGCCUUUCGUGCAAAUUUCCUCGUCAAUGUCCUCACAACUUUAUCGGUUAUUUCCUUCUUCGGUCUCGUUCAUGAUGUCGGCGUCUUUUCACUGUCUCGGCUAGAAGUCAAUUUCCUAGUCUGGCGGAUGUUCUCAUGUGUGCC